CCGGAGCAUCAUUCUCAUCUCUACCCAUGAAGCUGCCUCCCUGCCCGGGAAAUCUCAUUCACUGAGGUGCCUUGACCUGCCUCGCUUGUGCCAGGGACCAGACCUGCAGUUUAGGAUUAUUGGAGUUACCAUGAGCCACUGCGAGCCUUCUGUGACCAGGAAUAAUAACUGUCCUAUCACAGCUCUGAGGAAUGAGAGCCAGGACUACCUGUUAAUGGAGGCGGAGGAUGGAGCUGACAACUCGGGGCACCACUAUGGACACUACCACAUGCGUGCUACAGAAAACAGAUUGUCGCAUCGGAGGCAGACAAUACUUCGAGAAAAAGGCAGGAGGCAAACUAACCGAGGGCCAGCUUACAUGUUCAAUGACCGCUCCACCAGCCUAUCAGCAGAAGAGGAGCGUUUUUUGGAGGCUGCAGAAUACGGGAACAUUCCUGUGGUCCGGAAGAUGAUGGAGGAAUGUCACUCUUUAAAUGUCAACUGUGUGGAUUACAUGGGCCAGAAUGCUUUGCAGUUAGCAGUUGCCAAUGAGCACUUGGAAAUUACAGAGCUGUUGCUGAAGAAGGAAAACUUGGCACGAGUGGGAGAUGCUUUGCUUUUAGCUAUCAGUAAAGGAUAUGUAAGGAUAGUAGAGGCCAUUCUUGGCCAUCCAUCCUUUGCUGAAGGCAAGCGGCUUACGACGAGUCCUAGCCAGUCGGAAUUUCAACACGACGACUUCUAUGCCUAUGAUGAAGACGGAACUAGAUUCUCUCAAGAUAUCACGCCUAUUAUUUUGGCUGCUCACUGUCAGGAAUAUGAAAUAGUCCAUACCCUUCUGAGAAAGGGAACCCGAAUCGAGAGGCCUCAUGAUUAUUUUUGUAAAUGCAGUGAAUGUAAUGAAAAACAAAAACACGACGCCUUUAGCCACUCCAGGUCCAGGAUCAAUGCAUAUAAGGGACUUGCAAGUCCUGCCUAUCUAUCGUUGUCCAGUGAAGACCCUGUUAUGACAGCUUUGGCGCUUAGUAAUGAGUUGGCUGUGUUAGCAAAUAUUGAGAAGGAAUUCAAGAAUGACUACAAAAAAUUGUCUAUGCAAUGCAAGGACUUUGUUGUUGGGCUUCUUGAUUUGUGCAGAAACACCGAGGAGGUGGAAGCCAUUUUAAAUGGUGAUGUAGACUCGAACCACAGCAGCACAGACGCUAAUGGCCGGCCCAGCCUCUGUCGCUUAAAACUCGCUAUAAAGUAUGAGGUUAAAAAGUUUGUAGCUCAUCCGAACUGUCAGCAGCAACUUCUAUCAAUCUGGUAUGAAAACCUUUCAGGCCUGCGACAGCAGACCACAGCUGUCAAAUUUCUGGUUGUUCUGGCUGUGGCAUUUGGCCUCCCGUUCCUUGCCAUGGUUUACUGGUUCGCCCCAUGCAGCAAGCUUGCGAAAAUAAUGCGCGGACCAUUCAUGAAGUUUGUAGCCCAUGCAGCCUCAUUUACCAUUUUCCUCGGUCUGCUAGUGAUGAAUGCUGCCGACAGGUUCGAAGGCACCAAGAUCCUUCCGAACGAGAGCAUCACGGAUAAUGCAAAGCAGCUAUUUAGAAUGAAAACGACGUGCUUCUCCUGGAUGGAGCUUCUCAUUAUUUCCUGGGUAAUAGGUAUGAUCUGGUCGGAAUGUAAGGAGAUUUGGUCGCAAGGUCCCCGAGAGUACCUGUUUGAGCUGUGGAAUAUCCUGGAUUUCGGAAUGCUGGCAAUCUUUGCAGCUUCCUUUAUUGCCAGGUUCAUGGCAUUCUGGCACGCAUCCCGAGCACAGAAUUUUGUUGAUGAUGAUGAGAACAUUAAAGAUGUGAGCAGCGCCACGUUGCCUCCUGAAAUAAAAUAUUACACGUUUGCAAGGAUAAAAUGGCUGCCCUCUGAUCCUCAGAUCAUAUCAGAAGGUCUCUAUGCAAUCGCUGUGGUCCUCAGCUUCUCCCGCAUCGCCUACAUUUUACCAGCUAACGAAAGCUUUGGCCCACUGCAGAUAUCAUUGGGAAGGACUGUAAAAGACAUCUUCAAGUUCAUGGUCAUAUUUAUUAUGGUGUUUGUGGCCUUCAUGAUAGGAAUGUUUAACCUUUAUUCCUAUUACCUUGGAGCUAAACAAAAUGAUGCAUUUACCACAGUUGAAGAAAGUUUUAAGACUUUGUUCUGGGCAAUUUUUGGACUCUCAGAAGUAAAAUCAGUUGUCAUCAACUACGGACAUAAAUUCAUAGAGAAUAUCGGAUAUGUUCUCUAUGGAGUGUAUAAUGUGACCAUGGUGAUUGUCCUAUUAAACAUGCUGAUCGCCAUGAUUAACAACUCAUUUCAGGAGAUCGAGGAUGACUCUGAUGUGGAAUGGAAAUUUGCUAGAGCUAAACUUUGGUUUUCCUACUUUGAGGAGGGGAGGACCCUGCCAGUACCUUUCAACUUAGUUCCAAGUCCCAAAUCAUUCUUCUUUAUUGCACUGAAAAUAAAAUCACUUCUUUAUAAAAUAUUUUCCUGCCAAUCCAAAGCUUUACAAGAGGAUUCUGAAAUGAACAAGUUGGGACAGAGCAAGCACUCAAGCAUUAGGAGUUCAGAAGAUGGCAACCUAAACAACAUAAGCCAAACACCCUCAAGAUAUCAGAAAAUAAUGAAGCGUCUCAUAAAGCGUUAUGUGCUUAAAGCUCAGGUUGACAAGGAGAGCGAUGAAGUUAAUGAAGGAGAACUAAAGGAGAUUAAGCAAGACAUCUCUAGUUUGCGCUAUGAGCUCCUUGAGGAGAAAUCCCACAACACAGAAGACUUGGCGGAAUUGAUCAGAAAGCUCGGAGAAAGACUGUCAUUUUAACCUAAGCAUCAGUAAUGUGAUA